AUGCUCUUCUCACAGGAAAGAACUUUGAAACAGAGACGUGAAAUGUUGAAGAGCAAUCCACAAAUGAAUGAAGAUCAACACAUUUUACUUCGUCACUGGUUUCAAAAACAGAGAACUUAUAAUUUGUAUUGUUCAUUGCAUUUGUGUUUUUGGAUUGGAUUGAGUAGUUUGUUAUUGAUUGGAUUGGGUUCAGUGAGUCUUGCAUUAAUUGUUCAAAUUUCAAAUCCAACCAUUAAAUCAAGUGUUAAUGACCAAAAUGAUGCAACAAAGAGUGGAUUAUUGCAAAUGGGAGCUGCAUUCUUGGGUGUUUCGUGUGGAUUAUGUAUUUUAGGUUGCAUUCCAAUGUAUAUUAUUGGUAGUUAUUUGAUUCACAUUUUCAGAAAUAAGGAAGAAAGUUCCACAUCAAUUGAGGGUAAAUCUCAUGAAGCUCAUAUUGGUGCAACACCUAUUGUUGAAUCAAAAUAUGUAUUGAUUAGUAAUCAGGAUUUGGAUGAUGAAGGAAUGGAAGAUGAUGAGGAUGAUAUCAUGUUGAUUCAAAGAGCAACUGUAGAUCAACGAUAA